AUGGGUCCGAUACGGCUAGCCGUUUCUUCGCUUCUACUUAUUUCGGCUUGUCUUGCUACGCCUGGACUUGAAUCACGACAAGCCGCCGUGAACAAAGCCAUCGAGCAGACGAAACGCCGCCAAAGCGCCCCACCAGCCCCACAAAACACAAGAAGUGCCGCGGCUCGGAGUACUGCCGGUGGCCGAUCGGAGACGGUGGAUGUGGAGCGGUUGAAUUCGUUGUUGCGGACCCUCGAUAAGACAUGGAUUAUGCCACGUGUCGGGGCCAAGGAUCCGGUCGGCAGCAAUUUCCAGUACAAGAAAACAUGCGCAUCAAUCUACAAAGCGAGACACGGCGCCUGUCAGCAGCUCGGUUUUGGAACGAUGUGCUUCAACUAUUGUCACGAGAGGGGUGAGAAGCUCGUGUUCAAAUGCCAAGAUACCUCGGAGGCAUCGUACUGCCGUCAAUCAGCCACUUUCGACAUCUUCAUCGCCAAGUACCGAAAGGACGCCUACAAGGCCAAGGCUUACGUCCACCAGAUGAUCUCCCGAUGCUUUGCGACCGCCGUCUGCAACACGCAAACUGGAAUCCUGAACUCGACAUUGAUCGAAGACGAGCCAGAUGUUGAAACAACCACUAAGCUGGCUCGACUGCGGAUCACGAAGCCAGCUGGUGGCUUCCAGUUGCCUGGCAAGAAUGGGCGGAAUAACAAGAAGAAGGAAGAGGAGGUGACUAUCCCGAGGCUGAAGCAACGCAAGUACAAGCCAACCACCCCGUUGCCCGUCCCGCCUCCAGAAGAGACGGUAGAAGAGGUCGAGGAAGAGACAGAACCUGAGCUGGCCACCCGUGUGCCGGCUAGACGGACGACGACUGAACGCGCAAAUAUUUGGGACAAAUUCACCGUUAGCGCCAAGGGAAAGGCGACGCCGAAAUAUAUCCCGUUUUGGCAGCGGCUUUUGACCACGGCAUCCCCAAGCAACCGGCUCGUCGUCGAAGAAAAUGAGGAGCCGGCGGUUGACGAGAAUACACAGGGCAAGAAGGCCAGAAGGCCCCUCCCAAAGGCCAACUACAAAGUACGCUUACCGACGAAGCGGCCUAGGAUGUCGAAGAUGGAGACACCCGACAGCGAAACGACACACAUCGGCGAGCCGCAGACAGUGGCCACUGUGGAGCGGCUAGAGACGACGGCGAGCACAGCGGCGCCGACCAAACGCUCCACAACGCCUCCGACGAGUCUACCAGAAGAGGAGGAAACGGAAGAGGAGCCAGAGCAGACCAUUCCCACUACAAAAGCGCCCAGAAAAACCACGCCCAGGCAACGUCACACCUUCAAGCCGCUGCCCGUCACACCGAUGGGCCCCGAUCUUGCAUUCAUGAAGCCGGGCGACCCGAACAGCGAGGAACAAAUGCCAGGAUUUUGGAAUAAAUUCCAGCCGGGCCGUUGGUAUCAGUCGAUUCACUACCUCACGAACACCGGCCGA